AGUUACACAAUGGAGUUUUCCGAAUCGCGUAACGUCGUUAAGGAUUUAGAUUUAACCCUUCAGCCGCGAAUUGUCCCGCGGUACAAGACCUGGCUUCCCCUCGGCACGCAGCAGCUGAGACUCAGAAAUCUGAUACAAAUAAUAGGCCAUAAUCUAACAGGGAAUGUAAAUGGGGAAGUAUGUUGGUUUUAUUACACUUUACAUUGGACAAGUAUGUCAUCUCCAUUAUAUACAAGUGAAGCAAUCGACAAUGCUAAUCCGAGAUGGGCAAGUCUGGAAGUACCUACUCUACAUGCUACAGGUUAUUCAACAGCCACUGAGAUUAUUCUAAGAGUUUGGAAGCGUUCUAUGGCAGGUGACGCUACAGCUGAUGUAACCUUCUUCACAUGGGGAAUAUCAUUUACUGGACUAGCCUAUAUUGGCCCUAAGUUAUCAGCAAAUCUGGAAACCAUCUUGAAAGAGAACUCCUUGAUAUUCCAUUUUCAUGGUGGAUACUUUGCUCCUGUGUAUUGCUUUGUAACAGUUCCAGACCUGAAGCGGUAUCUCAACAUGAGUAUGAAUGCAUCUGAGGUGAAGAGCAGUUAUACUGUGAACAAGCUCAGCAGUCUGAGAAGCAAAAUGCAGGCACUAAAGCAACAAACAGAAUCAGUACAAGCACUUAGAGUACGCAUUGCUUCAGGCGAUGAUUUUUAUACUCCUAAAUAUCCACAGACAACUUUAAACAGACUAUUGCAACCGCGUAAGGUGAAUAGGGAGAAGAAAGCUGAAAUUAUGAGAAUACGUAAGGAGCUUGAAAUGGCUAAAUUUAGAACAAAAUUGUUGGAACAAGAGAGAGCACGUAAAAUGGGAGAGAUUCGUGUACUAAAUCAAUUACAUUCUAACAUUGCAGAAGAGAAUCAAGAUCAUGGUUCUGAUUUGAUGGAAAGAUACAGAGAAUUGAACAAAGACAUGGAAAGACUGAACGAAUGGCGGCAGAAUCAUAUAGACACAAGAGAAACUUAUUUGCAAAUAAGCAGUCAUCUUGCACACAGGCGGCGCUUGUUAAUAUCAGAAUUAAGUUUAAUAUAUCCAAUUAGACAGGAAAGUACUGGGAAAUUCCGAAUAAACGGUAUUCACUUGCCAGACAGUGAAGAAUUAGAAUUAUCCAACGAUACACAAGUGGCCGUGGCAUUGGGCUUCGUUGCACAUAUAACGCAGAUGAUCGCGAACUUUUUGAAUAUACCGACUAGAUAUCCUAUUAUACAUUACGGUUCGCGCAGUAAAAUUAUAGAUCAUAUUACGGAGAGUCUGCCCGAUAAUGACAAACAGUUUCCACUGUUUGCUCGAAGCAAAGAUAAGUUGCAGUUUCAUUACGCUGUGUAUUUAUUGAACAAAAAUAUAGCGCAACUUCGGUGGUAUUGCGGCCUUCCGACUACAGAUUUAAGAGCGACUCUGCCGAAUCUCGCUACGCUAAUCAACGUUAAACCCAAUCAGAACCAUUUGGACAAUUCGAAACGAACAUUUUCGAACUCGUCGUUGGACACCGAAGUCGGCAACGGAAAACAAAACCCACCUCUCACGCCGCCACUGCAGAAGAUAAUCUUCGAGAAAUGCCAUCGUUCCUCACGAUCGAUGAGUCAAUUGAAAAAUAUCAAGUCGACGCUCGGAUCUUCUUUGGAUCAGGGCCUGGACAAGCCCGUGCAGUCGCCCGCUCUGGGCAGUCAAUCGAAGCGUAUUUGCAAGUCGGAAGAGAGUGCCAUUGACAAUAAAGCCUUGGUACUAGCUAAGGAUAGGUCAAGCAAUAGUAGUAACGAGACGUUAAAUAGUGCCAUUCUGAAUAAUAUUGAUAACAUAACUCUUAAGGAUAAUAAUUUUGCCGACAUUAGCGAUAAGGUUGUUAUUGAGAGUAACAUAGAGAUUAUGAUACCUACGUCGGUUUCUAAAUCGAGGAACGUCGCGGACAGCUUGGAAAGUUCCGUGAGCGCCAGGGACAGAAGUUCCAAUUCUAUAAGCAGCUGCGAGAUGGCUCUUAGUAGCCAAAACGACGUGGACGAGAGUUCAAACGACAACUACAUGAGAAGAGAGGGAAACGACGAUAAUGUUUUCUCGGUGGACGAUAGUCUGAGAAGUGUGAGAGAUGUAAUAGAUGACGUGUUAAAAGACGGCGAAAAAAGCGAGGAACACAACUCGAAAAAUGAGGCUUUGCACAAUUGCGACACGAGUAGUACAACCCUCAGUGAGCAGAAUAACAGUGUUCACGAACAAAGUCCGCUUAGGAAAACUGCCAUUUACAGCAGAGAACGUUUUGCUAAAUCUUGUUUGUCUCUGGAUGACGUGUGUACUUACGAUGAAUUAGAACAAAAGGAAAGAACAAACUCCGUUUGCAGCUAUCCAGAGGAAUGUGCAAAGGACACUGCAUUACGGGAAGAACAUGGCUCCGAAUCCAAAUCAGAAAAGUCAAAUUAUUCGCAACACGUUGAAAAAUGGUCGCAGAGUAUCGUGGUGAAUGAGCCAGUGCCAGACACGAGGUCAAUUCUAAGCGCACCAAAGCCGGACAAUUAUUCAUACGACGAAGCAAAAUCGCAGUGUGAUAUUCAAACGUCAAGCGAGUACAUAGAUAUUAUUAGGCGUAGCUCGGAAAACGUGUGUGCACGUACCGAAGCUUUAGCCAAUAAGAAAAGUAGCUUUAAAGUCAUGAAACCGCGUCUUUAAUAUCUGCCUACGUCGUAAAAUUGUGCCCUAACAGUACAGUGUAAAAUACUGACGGCGUGUAGAUAUGCACCAAAAAUAUCCUGAAGGCGUUUUCAGUUUAUAUAUGAUAAUUGUGCAACACCUCUCACGUUUACAGUACGACAGAAGUCUUAUUAAAAGUUGAUUUCACCUAAACUCUCAAAACGUUACAAAAAUAUUUUUGCCAUUUUUUUAUUUGCUCAAAUCGCAGUAAAAUGAGAUUUGUAACAAACCACCAUACGCCUUACGAAACAGAUAUAACAACAUAUUUCAUGGUGGACUAAAAAAAAGCCUCUUAUGCUUAUCUAUUAUUCUAUAAACGCUGACAGCUUCUCUCUCUUUCCCGUAAACGGGUAAUUCGGAUAACGAUACAACAAAGGGAUAUUAGCGGUUAUAAUGAUACGAAAACUCGAAAGAUUAUUAGAACAAAUAAUUCCUCUACGACUGCAUACGUGUAUAUGCGACAUAAAUGCAGGCGCGUUAUUAGUUAUAUUGCUUUAUAUAUUCGUACGUAUGUCAUGCACUUGUAUGAAACUUUAGUCGAGCGGUAGUCGUGGCCAGUUGGAAAAUUCAAAUUUUGUAAAUCGUACAAAUUGGAAUUUUCUCAAUUUGAUAGUACAAUGUGCGUGUGUAUUGAGAUGAGUUGUAUUAUAAUUUGCGAUUCCAUUAUUAUAUAUCACAAUGCUCAUAUUGUUAUUGUUUCUCUGUAUUAAAGCAUUUUGAUUGAAAACAAAGAUAAUAUGUAAAGAGUACAGAGUUACAUGAGACAUAAUUGUAAAUACUAUAGAUAUUCUAGAUUUUUUCACUGUACUUAGCUCACAUAACUGACUAAUAUAUUCGGUUUAUGUUUACGGUAUAAGUAAUUGAGCAUAGUUAAUUAUAUUUUUGCCAUUGAGAAUCAAUAUACCGUGAAUUUAUGUACGAGGACCAACCAAAGUACUAAACCAGGUUAAUUGCUUAACAAAACGAUCAUGUAAGUAACUAGGUAAUCCUAAUUAGCCCGUAAUAUAAUUAUGUGAACGUGAAAAUCGACUUGAGAAAAUUGUUCGCGAGACAAAGUUUCACUGUGGAACUUGUUAACAACGGACUAUUGCAAUGUGAUAAAUAAAACUUGUCUACUUAAAGACAGAGGAGGAAACAGAAA